AUGACCGCCCAAUCCUCUUCACAAAGGCGCAAGUUCGCCGUGAUUUUCGUCCUCGGAGCACCCGGAUCGGGCAAGGGGACCAUCUGCGCCUUCCUCGCGCGCCAGUACGGCCUCUCGCACUACUCCGUGGGAGACAGCCUGCGCAGCUGGAUGCGAGCCAACCGCGACACGCCCCUCGCGGCGCGCAUCCAGGAGAAGCUCGACCACCAGGGUUUCCUCACGUCAGCGGAGCUGAACCCGCUCCUGGGCCUCGCCGUCGAAGAGGCGAUGCGAGGAGAGGAGCUGAGAGGGAUCCUCAUCGACGGAUUUCCGAGGUGCGAGGAGCAGCUCGGCUCGUGGGCGCGGUGGCCCUUCCAGGAGACGCUUCCCUUGGAGGGCGGUGGUACCAAGCCCGAUGUCGUCUUGCUGCUCAACGUGACGAGAGAGAAUGCAGAGGCGAGGUAUCUCGCGCGAGGCCGCGAUCGUAACGACAGCCUGGAGAAAUUCACGAGGCGGUUUGCUGAGUACCUAGAGGAGGGACGGCCUGUGGAACGACACUACCGGGAAGCGGGUGUACUGGUCGAAAUCGAUAAUAACGGUACCAAGGAAGAGAAUAUCGAGGGGCUCAGGAAGACGCUGGGAGAAAGCCUUCUUUGGAGUAGUGCAGUUGUAGAUCAGGAGAUGAAGUCGUCUUUCAUUGUGUAG